UAGGGACAAUCAUUGUCAAGUUUGCUUCAACACAAAGUACAAUGGCCGCCAAGCUGAUCCUCGUCCUCUGCGCUCAGGCGCUCUUCGUCCAGGUGGCAUUCAGUCAGUGCCUUGGUCGUGUUAUCCCUGCCCCUGCCUUACCCUGCCCUGCUGUUGUUGCACCGAGCUGUGCUGGUAACGGUGUGAUUGCUAAUGGAUGGCUCGGUAACGGUCUGAUUGGUACCGAAUGGAUCGGUAAUGGUCUGGUUGGUAAUGGAUUAGAAAUCGUCCCGACCAGUGGCGGUGGACUGGCUGUAAGCAGUAUCUCUAGCAUCGCUCCCAGCGGGCUCUCGCUAGCGUCUGAAAAUGUGUUUGAGGGUGCUCUAUCCCUGGCUGGUGAGCUGCCGUUCGUGAGUGCUGUGGCUCUGGAGGGCGCGCUGCCUAGUGCUGGUGCUGGCGCCGUUAGCUACAGCUGCGGUAACGGUGUCACUGCUAUCGAGAGCAUCGCUCCUUCUGCUGCUGCUGCUAUUGCUCCUGGGGUAGCAGCUGCAGCUCCUGCUGCUGCUUAUGGCGCUGCAGCACGUUACGGUCUCACUGGCUAUGGACUGGGCGCUACUGGUAUCUCUCCUGCAGCUCUCGGAGUCGGUUGGAAUGGAUGCGACUGUGGACUGUGGUAGAAUUAUGAUCAUGAUAGGUCUGUUAUUAUGUGACACAAUAAAAA